AUGGCACAUUCCUGGCCCGCAUGGAAGGAUGAUCAGCCAUUGAAGAGGAAGAAGGAGGAAACCACCGCAGCUGGGGACCAGGCUAGGGUUGCGCCUCACGAGGAGAAAGAGGAUGUUGCUCCUGGUGAUGCCACCGACGGGCAAAACAAACCUAAUCCUAGCAACGGACUUGACGGCCUAUUCGAUUAUACUAUGAGCAUGGUGACCACGAAGGCUACGAUGGCAGCGACUUCUUUGAUAUGGAAGCGCACUAGAAUCAGUAAGUUCCAACUAUCAGAUCCUGAUCUCUUGGGUUUUUAA